GCAGCUCAUGGGCCAAGUGGGAAGAAAAUAUUUGGCUUUCACCACCAGGGCGCCAAAACUCCUUGAAUCUUUUUUUUUUCUUUCAGCUAAUAGGCCUUACCAGCUGUACCAGCUGUACCAGCUGUUUUAACUUCAUGAAUUCCUUUCAUAAAACUCUCCAAGACAGAAAUUAAUCGCCACAAUGAGUAGCACACCAACCGAUACACCUCCACUGCCCCGAAAGUCUCUGAUUGAGAAGGUGGAAGCAUGGGGAUCCUCAUCUCUCCCUCCAAUGGGCAUGGCGACAUUAAUAACGGCCCUCCACUUCCGCCCCUUCCAACCACUACCCAUGCUCCUCACCCCGGCCCUAAUGUUCACGUCCUAUGUCACCCUGAGCGGCUGGGCGAUUGACGGCGCCGGUCUCAACAUGGCCUGCAGCGGCCUGUACGCGCUGCUCGCCAUGCGCAGGAGGCCCGCCUCCAUCCGGAACAAGUUCUCGGCCAGGGGGUUCGUGCGUGGCGUCGCCAUCGGCCUUGGCGCGUCGAAUACCGUCGCGGGCGGCUGGGUUUACUUUACUGGUGACAGGAAGAGGGAGAAGGCGGACAGGAUAGCGAGGAACCGGUGGGGUGGUCCAACUCCCAAGUGAAGAGUCUGUCUGUCCUUCCAUAGAAUAGCCAUCUCACACCAGGCGACGAGUUGUUGGAUCCUUUGGGGAGGUGUUCAAAUCAAAAUCAAAAUCAGCAAGAUGUUGCUAGCUUAUCCAAGUCGACAUGGUGACAUUCUCAAUCUUGCUUGGGUGGUGUUGAACUAUAGGCCAAAAUCUCCCCAAGGUGUUGCAGCAGAAUCUAUUUUAACGGGUCAACUACCUCGGAUCGAAGUUUAUUGCAUUUGACCUCGUGAUUGCCUUAGGAUCUCUUACUGUUCCAAGACCGCUAGCUUCACAAGCAUCCACAUAGGCAAGCAGGGAGGUUUGUUCAAGCUGAG